AUGGCCACCACCACGUGCCAGGUGGUGGGGCUCCUCCUGUCCCUCCUGGGUCUGGCCGGCUGCAUAGCUGCCACCGGGAUGGACAUGUGGAGCACCCAGGACCUGUACGACAACCCGGUCACCUCCGUGUUCCAGUAUGAAGGGCUCUGGAGGAGCUGCGUGCAGCAGAGCUCGGGGUUCACCGAGUGCCGGCCAUAUUUCACCAUCCUGGGCCUUCCAGCCAUGUUGCAAGCAGUAUGAGCCCUCAUGAUCGUGGGCAUUGUUCUGGGGGUCAUUGGUAUUCUAGUAUCCAUUUUUGCCCUGAAGUGCAUUUGAAUUGGCAGCAUGGAUGAUUCUGCCAAGGCCAAGAUGACACUGACCUCAGGGAUCCUGUUCAUCAUCUCAGGUAUCUGUGCAAUUAUUGGUGUGUCCGUGUUUGCCAACAUGCUGGUUACCAACUUCUGGAUGUCCACAGCUAACAUGUACAGCGGCAUGGGUGGGAUGGUGCAGACUGUUCAGACAAGGUACACCUUCGGUGCGGCUCUAUUCGUGGGGUGGGUCGCUGGAGGCCUCACACUAAUUGGGGGAGUGAUGAUGUGCAUCGCCUGCCGUGGCCUGACACCAGAUGAAAGCAACUUCAAAGCCGUGUCUUACCAUGCCUCUGGCCAAAAUGUUGCCUACAAGCCUGGAGGCUUCAAGGCCAGCACUGGCUUUGGGUCCAACAUCAGAAACAAGAAGAUAUACGAUGGGGGUGCCCGCACAGAGGAUGAUGAACAAUCUCCUCCUUCCAAGUAUGACUAUGUGUAA